CCCGCGAGUGAGCGAGCCGAGAUGGCGGCGGCCUGAGGGCAGCGAUGGCGGGGCUGGCGCGGCGCCUGCUCUGCAGGGGCUUGUGCGUGCCGGCACGGCCGCCGAGCACCCGCCAGCUGCGGGAGGCCGAGGAGGCUGCCCCGGUGUUCCAGUACGUGGGGAAGGCGGCCAGGCGCAAGGACCGCGUGUUCGUGUGGGGCUUCAGCUACUCGGGCGCCCUGGGCAUCCCCAGCUUCGUGAAGCCGGACGCGGGCUGGAAGAAGCCGCGGCGCAUCCAAACCACGCCGUACCGCUUGGAGACGGAGGAGAAGAUAUCCUCUGCUGCCUGUGGUUAUGGAUUCACACUGCUGGCUUCGAAUACCAGAGACAUCACCAAAGUGUGGGGCAUGGGGCUCAACAAGGAUUCCCAGCUUGGAUUCCAGAGAAGCAGAAGAGAUCAAACCAAGGGCUAUGAAUAUGUCCUGGAACCAUCUCCAAUUCCAUUACCACUGGAGAAACCGCAGCAGACUCGAGUCUUGCAAGUGUCCUGUGGGAGAGCCCAUUCCCUGGUCCUGACAGAUAGUGAAGGAGUUUUCACAAUGGGAAACAAUUCUUAUGGACAGUGUGGCCGGAAGGUUGUUGAAGACGAAGUUUACAGUGGAAGCCAUCUCAUUCAUCAGCUGAAGGAAUUUGACAGCAGAGUUGUCCAGGUUGUGUGUGGGCAGGACCACAGUCUGUUUAGAACCAAGAAAGGGACAGUCUAUGCAUGUGGAUGGGGAGCUGAUGGACAAACAGGUCUUGGACACUAUAACAUCACCAGUGUUCCUACUAAGCUGCGUGGUGACAUUGCUGGAGUAAACAUUGUCCAGGUCUCUUCCUAUGGGGACUGUUGUCUGGCUGUUUCAGAUGAAGGAGAUGUCUUUGGUUGGGGAAAUUCAGAAUACUUGCAGUUGGCUUCUGUCACAGAAGCCACACAGGUGAAUGUUCCCAGGCAUUUGCCAUUCAAGAUUGGGAAGGUAAAGGAGGCUGCCUGUGGAGGGACUGGCAACAUUGUGCUAACAGAAGAAGGAAAUGUUUUUGUCUGGGGAUAUGGAAUUCUUGGGAAAGGACCAAACCUAAUAGAGACAGCAGUGCCAGAGAUGAUCCCAGCCAGCCUUUUUGGCUGGUCAGACUUCAGCCCAGACACCCGUGUUGCUCACGUUCGCUGUGGCCUCAGCCAGUUUGCAGCCCUUACAAACAGAGGAGAGCUGUUUGUGUGGGGGAAGAAUCUAAGAGGGUGCCUGGGAACUGGAAGAAUGGAAGACCAGUAUUUCCCAUGGAGAGUGACUGUACCCGGUGAGGUGGUGGAUGUGGCCUGUGGAGUUGAUCACAUGUACAUAAAUCUCAGCUUUUCAGCAUAAGACCAGCAAAGAAAAGCAGCAUGUGCACUUGCUGGAAAAGCAAAGCAGCCACUUCUCAGCGCCACACAAUGUCCAGUGCAUGAUCCCAAGCUGCUGCCACCACUCCCUGUGCCUGCUGGUAGAACAUCCCCCCCGUGCAGAGGUCAUGAAGGCAGCUGAUGCAUUCAGGCUCCCCUGUGCCUUGUACCCCCAAGCUUGCAGGAACUGCCCACCCACACAUGCAAGGCCUGGCCCCGCUGAGCCCAUGGGCACAUGGCAGGUGCAAGCAGCCUUUCCAUGGCUGCAGCCCAGAGCAGGAGGUGUGCCAAAGGCCCCUGCAUGGGCAGGAUUCCCCCACCCUGUCUGUUUAUGUCAGGUCUGGUAAUUAAAGGGAAAUAAAUACACUUGGUUUUUCUAUCCUCCCCAGUGAAAGGCUGCAUGGGGUUUCUGAGAGGUGAGUAGGAAGGAGAGGCUGCAAGAGUUUGGGGUUCCCAGCCCCACUUCAGCCUGUUUGGUGUGUGUCUGAGGCCAAAAGUGCUAUUUCACUUACAGAGCAAAUGAUACAUAAAUAACUUAUUAAAUAAAAAAGUCCUAAAGAUUCGUGUUUCCUCCCCAGGCUGGCCAGCACAGCUGUUCUAAGUGGCCAGGGAUGAGAGCCAGACCCUGAUCCAAGCUGGGCAGCUUCUGCACCAGGAGCAUCUCUGCUCUCUUGGCAGUUCUAGAAAUUUGGGUUAGUGUUGUGUAGGUAUGCGGAGGGAAUCUGGGCUCCUUUGGAGUCCAUACAAAGGGGAGAAAGAAAUGCUCAGACUUGUUCAAGCCACUUGAGGCACUGAUAAAGUGGUGCUGUGCCAGCCCCUUGUAACCAGCCCUGAACUGCAGCAGUGCAGUGGGGCUGUGACCUGCCUCUGUCACCCUGCAGGGUGAUGGCUUGCUGAAGCUUAGCCCAGAGAAACCAAACUAAAAAUCUGCCCUAAGCACCAAGGAGGAAAUGAGGCUCCUCCUCCCUCUGUGCAGCUCUCCCUCAGGUUAUCCCUCCUGGCUGCCCACGGUGCCCAAACUGCAGGAGCCAACCUGCCAGUGCCAGACUCACUGCAGGGUGGGGCUGCAGAUGUGCCCUGGGCACUGGGCACCAAGACCCAAAUCCCAGCAGCAGCAGGAGCUGCUGAUGGCUGGGUGGUGGGAACAGGUGAACAUGUCCAGAAAAUUGAGGUGAUCACCCAUCCUCUAAUUCUGAUGGAAACAUGAAUGGGGAGAAUGGGUUAUGUAAGGAGUUAACAGUAAGGGAAUGAGACAGGCUCUUGCAAAGGCUGGAACAGAGCUUCUGAAGCUGCAUCCUACUGUGAGUUACUGCCUGGCAGCCUCCUCUUCUGCCUGUCCAAGAGCCAUGGUUGUCCUGGUGCUUGGGUCAUCAGCAGAAGUGUCCCCUCUGUCACUGCCACCCCCAGCUGCUGCAGAGGCAGUGUGGGAGGAGGAUGCACUGGCAGAAAACUGUGGCUGCCACUGUGCUGAAGUGAACACCCUGCUCCUCAAGUUCAUGUCUCACAAGCCCCAAAGUCAAGCCUGGAGCCACACACAAGGGAGGGAUGACAAUGCCUGGCCACAGCCAGCAGGGACAGGGGACACAACACUGCUGGCUGUGACACCAUAGUCCUGGGCUGGAAAGAGGCACUACCCUGUGCAUUUCCAGGCAUUAACCUGGGCACUAAUGGCACUUGGAUGCAGUUCUCACACUAUUAUCAACAACCAUUGGAUUGGUCAGAUUAUUUUUAGCAGCAGUUGCAGGAGGAUUUUGGGUGAGAGGUGAGGGCAUGGAUCCAGCCCAACCAGAAGAACCUAGAAGAGCCUGCCCUGGGAUGCUGAUUUUCUGCCAUGGUAUCACUGGAGCAGUUUGCAAUUGGAGAACAAAUAAAAACCUGAAGGAAGGAAGCACUGACACAUGGGACUGGCAGGGAUCUGGGUAGGUGGGGUUUGGGGAAGAACGAGGGCAUGACUCAUGUUUAAUUCUAUGAUAGGACUGAAAAAAUGGCUGAGGUCAGUGAGCUGGACCCGACAGUUCCUGAUGGGUGAAGGAGAAAUGGGGUGCUCCUCCUCCUGCAGAGCCACCUCCUUCAUACUCUCAACCUCCUGCAUCAGCACCAACUGACUGGCACAGGCCAGGAAAAGCAGAGGUUUGCUCCCAGGAAGGAAAUGUUAAAACUCAGGAUUUCUGCAAGAGCAGCCCUGGUUCAGUAGCCUGUCUGUCUGGAGGUACUGCUGCAGGGAAACAUCCCAUGCCCUGGGCUGAGCCCUGGUGGGAAGAGUCCUGUGCUCUGUGCAGGUUGGUCCUGCCUAGAGGCAAUGUCCUGCAGUUGUAAAACACCACCAGCUCUUCAGGUAAUUUCAGUGAUCUCAAAAACUCAACCCCAUCCAAGGCUGGCAUUAGAAAUUGCAAGAAACACCUGCAACAAAGGCUGCAGAUUUUUUUCUCCUUUGCUCUUCGUAUAGGAACCUGUCUCCUUCUUUCAAUGUUCCACAUGGCACACACUCCUGCUUUUGCCACUGACCACAAAUCCACAGAGGAAACUGCUGCUUUUCUUCAGCAGAAGGGAAAUUCCCUUUGCAUUCCCUCCCAGCUGAUGGGAAUGGCUCUGUGUGGGCAGCAGGGACACAGAGGAUGAGGGAGCUCUGGUUCCUGGGGCUCUCUCUCCCCUGAGACCUGGCCCAGAGCAGCAUCCUGCUAGCCGGAGCCUGGGGCUGCUUCAGCCUUUCAGCUGACAAAUGGGGCUGAACUCCUCUUUUAGGGCCCAAAGGAGCAGUAAUGCUCACAGCAGCCAACCUGGCCAGUGGGUGCUUCAAGCAGCAUUCCCACAAGACCAGGGAAUCAGGUACCUGUAAAAUGUUUUUCAAGUAACAAAAGAGUGAAUAGGAAUCUUCAAGCUUAUUCCUGUAACUACAGAAAGCUGGUUUAAAUCCUCAGGAUGCUGAGAAGAAGCAGAAAGCCAGCCAGAGCAGGGGGACUCUGAACAGCAGCCUCCUAUGGCAUCUUCCAUAGGUGCUGUGCAACAGACACUGCCUCUGCCACAGCCACACAAGGAGGGAAGAAGCAACCAGCCCCUACAAAAUGAAGGAUGAAAGGAGCCCUGGUUUUGGCAUAACCUUUUAGGGUUGGGAGGACCCCAGUAAAACCACUGGGUCUGCCUAGAGAGGGACAUGGCACCUGGUCAGCUCUCCUGUGGUACAGGCAGAGGACAGAGGGGGAAUGACAUGCUCCUGUUCUGCUCUCAAACAUAUUUCAAUCAAUUUCAAAAAAUUUCAAUCCUGCCAGAUGCCUGAUGGGCAUCUCUGUCCAUGUCUGCUCCAAAAUCCACCCAUAGUUCAUUUACAGAUAUUUGCAGAAAGCUAAAAAUGGAUGAAAACAACACCCCCAAGGAUCCCAGGGCAUUAAACAGCUGUUUUGCAACUGUCCUGCUCCAUGCAGCUGGGACAGUGCUGAGCUGGGCUGGCAGGGGAGGAGCUGUGUGCCUGCCAUCCCUCUGCCACUCCCUUCACCUUGGCCACAAAACCUGGGCACUCUCAGCUGGGAGGAGGUGCCAGGGGUUUGUGUUCCCUUGGCCAGGCCCGCUGCAAACUCAGAGCUUGCAGAAGCACAGGUCAUGGCUGCAAGAGAAUUAGGGAGCAGGGGGAAGCUAUUCCAUGUAAUCUGCAAUAACAAGGUUAUUUGUUAAUUCAUUCCCAGGCUUUGAACCUGAAAUGAACAAUGCUGUCUAGAGAGACCAAGAAAGGCUCCUGGCUUAUACAUGUUCCAAAGAGGUAUUGAACCCUAAAAUUCAUACCCUAAAAUGAGAAUGUACUUUGACACAUACUUCAUCCAUUUCCCUUCAUACAGCAGGGGCUGUGCAUUGCUCUGUGCUCACCAGAGCAUCUGCAGAGGCUAUUACUGCUGCAGCCAGGAUUUGCUGAUCAGCAUCCAGAGCAUGUCUCUCACUGCAGAACCCCUUUCUUUCCUUCACCUUUGCUAACGGGAGAUGGUGGUUCAACCCAGCUGUGCUUCAUGAGGAUUAAGUAAAGAAGGAGGCCAAGGACAGCAGAGUAACUCAAGAUUAUCUUCACAGUCAAGUGUUUCCCUUCCAGGGAGCCUGGGAAGGUCCCACACCCUUGUGAGGAUGUGCAGUGUUUCCACACCAGUUCAGUGCUGCCAGGAUGCCUGAGGGAUAUUGCUGGCCCCUGACAUAUGGCAGGGUGCAGACAGACAGACAGAUGCACUCAUGGGGAGAAGGCCUGGAAAUCUGGAGGCAGGUUUGCACAUUUCAGCCAAUGUAAAUACACCCCAGUGCAUGCUACAACCUCUAAAUACUAUUGGCAAAGGAUUACUGGGUUUUACUGCUGCAAAUAAUAAAAGUUUAAUCCAAUCCAAUGUUUGCAGGCAGGACUGGAACAGGUAAGUGAGAUGCCUUAAGCUGCUUACUGGAGAUGUCCACAACAGUGAAAGCAACAGAGAGAGAAGAAAUCCUCAUCAGAAAAUGACUUCUUGUCCUUAACAGAAUGCUGCUGGGGGACACCUUCUUUCAGGAAUUAGCAGCAAUGCUCAGCCUGAGGCCAAACAAGGAAUUUCUCCCUUUCCAUUGACAGAAAAUACCAAUUAUCCAGUGCUGACAGGAACACUUGUGCUCAGUGAGCAGUGACUGUACCAAUGCAGGACCCAGCACCUCCCAUUCAUGUUGCUGACCUCUAAAUUAAGGAGUUCUGAUGACCUGGUGCUCUUGAACAGUUGUGUGGGUGUAUGGAUGGGGAAAACCACAAGGGUGGAAGGAACCCUCUGGCCACAGAACCAAUACCAUCAUUACAUCAAAACGCACAGUGAUUACUGGGAGUCUUCCCCAAUGGACAGGCUGAGCAUCAAGAGAUAUUUAAGUACUGGGGGUUUAGAGGGGUCAUGCUGCCCACCCUUGCUGGGAUGGUGUGACUGGGACAAAUGCAUCCUCUGGGAUACUGGGCUGAGCAUGGAGGCUGGGCAGGGUGGGGUGAUCUGUUUCAGUCAAAAAGAAAAAAGAAAAUGCUUUGGUGUUCAAAACAACAAGCAGAACUUCAGUAUCUUCAUAUGUGCACAACAAAAAAUAAACAUAUUAAUUCUUUUGCAUCACUCAGCACUCCACCUAUCCCUGUUCUUCCCCUACCUUUCCCAUGCCUGUCACUAAGAGGGAUCUCUGCAACCCUGCACUGCCACAGAAUGGAUGGGUGGGACGAUGCCAAGUCAGACCUAGAUGCCUUCUGGAACAGAGGAGCCUGGGCUGACCCCGUGGCUGCUGCAGGUCAGCAAGGCCUGAAGCCCUGGCCCUUCUGCAGCCAGGCAGUCACAGCACCAUCAGCUCACACCAGGGAUGGGGUCCCUUUGUAAGAAAAAGAAUUCAAGAUUUGUAUAGCAAAGCUGAGAAAAGACAGAAAACCACUUCUCAGAGGCAGGCUCUGAUCAAGCACGUGCAAUUCAGCCUUUUAUGCCCCAGACAGCUUCCCAACCUUCACAGGAUGUCAGAGUCACUAACCCUCAUCUCACAGACACUGUGAGACUUGUGGGGCAGCCAGUGGGGGAAUGUGUCAGCAGCUCAUGCCUGAAGGCAGCAAAUCCUGCAAAUGCAGUGCAAUGGCAGAGCUCUGAGCAGAGCUGCUCCCUGCCUUGCCUCUCUCAGGGGUCUACACAUUCCUUAAAGCAUCAAGAGCACCAGGGAAACAACUGAGUACUUGGGGAGCUAGGCUGCAGCCUGAGCAACCUCCUCUGCCACACACUCCCUUAUCCUGCACUGCCUUAUUUCCUCCCAGUGCUGGCAGGACAAAACAUCAUGCUUCAGAGAAAUAAAACCUGAUACACUUCUGUUGGAUGCUUUGAUUGGCUGAAGCCAUCAGGACCUCCCAGCAGAACCUAGAAGUUCCCACACCCAAAUCUGCAUGGCACAUCUUAAAAAGUACAUCCCUGCUCAGUGUCAUGUGCUGGCCCAAAGCAGGACCUGACACAAACAAGCUCUUAGUGAGAGAGGAGGAUUGAUUCAUCUCUGACCAGCAGCCUGUGCCCUGGGAAUGGUAACAGAGAACUUGGAGUUUAAAACACAUUUCAGAGCAGCAGUAUGAUGAGUAUGCUUUUUAAAUGGCAUUGUCAUUAGGUGAGUCUACUUAUGUCACCCACUGCAGGUGCCACUGUCUCUAUGCUGCAGCAAAACCAAAUAUUUCCAUUAAGGCCCCUCCCCAUUAGGGAGGCUCAUCCAUGCCAUCUAAAGCACAGCAUUGCAGAAACUCCAAACAAUGCCUGGAAAGAAACUGAAGGCUGCACAAACCUGUGCAAGGGUGCAUUUGGGGGGGCAGCCUGAAAAAUCAGCAGCUUCUAAGUGCCAAAAGGUCAGUGGCAAGGCAGCACCCCUCACCUCCCACCCCCCUUUAGUGAAGUGUAACUGAAAUAGGAAAGCAGCAUCUUUCCCUCCAUGGAUCCUAACAGCACUCCUGGUCAGCAGAAAUCUCCAGUGGUGAGAUGCAAAGACCACACACUUCCAGUGACUGGGUUCAAGCUGGGUUCUUCUGCUUUUAACAAGAAAAGACUCUCCAACAAUUACAUCUAUUUAAAAAUAAGCCACUGAUUUCAGCUCCUCACAGGCCAACAAAUGUGAAUUCCCCAACAAAUACCAGAGCCCUGCACUAGCCAGGGGCUGCCACUGCAGACAAAUCCACCAGGGAAUCAAAUCUUGCACAUGCCCCAGGCUCGAGCAGAGAGCCUAGCCCAGCCCCAGCUGCAGGAAACCUGGAGGAGCUCCUGCCCUGCUGGGGGAGGCAGGCAGAGCUCUGUGCCUGCAGGAGCUGGAACCCCACUGGAAACCCCAGCCAGGGUCUGGGCAGGCACUGUGCAAACAGAGCAGCCCUGCUUACAGGCUGAGGCAAUUUAGGGCAGCAACUAAAACAUACAGAGAGGAAAAGGAGUGGAUUUCCUACAGUCUCUGUGCUUGAGGUACCAAACUGGAGAGGAACAGAAUUUUCUGAAGCAGGGAGGGAAAUCCAAUGCUGCUCCCAGCAAGCAGAGGAGCCCCAGCUUUGCUUCAGGUCUACUCCACUGCUGCUCUUCACUAAACAUAUGUAGAGAAAAAGCAAAAGUGGAACUAAUAUUGCCCAUUACUUGACUUAAAAAUAUAUGGUGAAUAAAUGUGUGUAUACAGAACUCACCACAUAGAUGCACACACAAGGGUGUGUGCCCAGAGCGCACACACAUGCACUGUGUAUGUGUGUGAGCCUAUAGUGCCUGAGUGCACACACCAUGUACAGGAUACCACCCUAGAGACAAACAUGGGUAUUUAUAGGUGUGCAAUAGGGACUCACUGUGGAUUUCUAUGGAAACACUUAGGAUGAAUAUUUAUGCACACACUUGCUCAGUAGAAAGGAAUUUGUAGUCACAUUCUAACUGGGUUGAGGGAGAAGGACAAAACUCUAAUAACACAGCUUGGACAGGCUGAGGCUUCUAACAAAAUAAAGGCCUUGGAGAAAGCCUAUCCCUUUCUGCAGGGCUGGAAACUUUUGCUUUUUGCUGUUUGGUGAAUUUUGUGAGGAGAGAGAGCACGGGGAGGGGCCUGCAGCAUUGAGGGAAUCCCUCACUCCAGCAGCCAUGGCCAGGUGGAACUGCCCAGAGCUGAGCAGGGAUGCUGAGGGCAGCUGCAGGUAAUCCAGGCACCCAGCCCAAGGGUGUCCCACUGAGACAUGUUCCUCCUUUAUCCACACAGUACUGAACAGCAAAAUGUCAGGGAUACUCAGAUGUAUUAUCAUAAGAAAAAAAAGUAAAAGAGUCUUCCUUUAAAAAAAUGAAAAGUCUUCUUCCCCACUUCAGAGGCUGUGUGCUGAGAGUGGGAGCUGUGGAGCAGCUUUAAGAGCCCCCCUACUUUGGGUUCACUAAGCACUGGGGUGUCAGUAGUGUGGUGGCAUCAUUAUUACUAUGAAAAUAUUUAAUGAAGCCCCUACAGAGCCCUUCCUGCAGUGUAGGUUUCACAUGCAGCACUGCUGUGCAAGCCUGCAUUGAUCCUGACUGCAGGCUGGUGCAGGAACAAGGUUCCACCAAUUAUGGCCACAUUUGGAGUAUCUCAGCUCCCACCAGAAAAAAAUAUGGAAGGAAUAUUAAAGGGAAAGCAUCAAGUUGUCUGAAGCAAUCUUCUUGGAUGUCAGGACAAAAAGAUAAAAGGAAAUAAAAGGUGAAGCCAAGGAUGGUGGCAGUGUCAGAGUCCCUCAACAGCAUUUUACAUCCUGUGAAUUUUUCAGGCCAGCUCUCCCAUGUUAGGACAUUCAACCUUCCUUUGGAAGGUUUGAAAUACCACAGAUCUUUCUACAGAUUUCACAAAUAUAAGGCUGAUUCCCUUGGGAAAAAAAUUAAAUUACAAAAAUCAGCCUCUAAAAUAGCCUGAGUGCAAUGUUAGAAAAUUAAAACUAAUUUUUGUUGUUGUUGUUGUUUUCAUUUAAGGCUCAGUAAAGUUGUUGCUUGUUUCAAGUUACUUCCUUCCUAUCCAGGCUGAAGUCCUUUGGAAGCAGCACUGGCACAUGCACAGCAACACUUGGUACUCUCUGAUGCCAAACCUGGCAUUUCCCAAAGGCUGGCAAAACCCCAGGGCAGAAGGCAGCCUGUCCUGAUGACUCUGGCAUGAUGGCACCAUCCAUGCACACAGCUAAAACUCAGCCUCAACUCAGCUGAGCAGAAACCUUGGCUGGCAACUCAGCAGCUGAACAGCAACUCAACAUCCCACUCCCCCCAACCCUCUGACAACAUCUGGGGUGAAAAGCCACCUCUGGCCUUGCUGCCCACUCCAGCCCAGCUCAGUGCCCCAGCACAGGGCAGAGCCACAGCAAACAUCUCCAGAUGCUUUCAGCACUGCACUGUGCCUGUCCUUGUGGCAGGACACAAAAGCAUCUUUCCAAACAAACAUCCAGAGAUGCACAGUGCCAUAUCUAGAAUAAACCUUUAGUCCAGAAAUCUGGAAGGAAUACAAACAUAUCAUGGGACAAUUCUGAAAACUCAUGCAAAGGAACAGC